AUGGCCUCACUGCCGACUCAGGGCCCCCCGGUCCCUGACUUAUUUUCUGGGUUGCCACCAGCGGCCUCAACUCCUGCCAACCAGAGCACGGAGGCCUCGGCGGUCAAUGGGUCAGCUGUUGGCCCAGGCGCUCAGGCCAUCACUCCUUUCCAAAGCCUGCAGCUGGUGCAUCAGCUCAAGGGGCUGAUCGUGCUGCUCUACAGCAUCGUGGUGGUUGUGGGGCUGGUGGGCAACUGCCUGCUGGUGCUGGUGAUUGCGCGGGUGCGUCGGCUGCACAACGUGACCAACUUCCUCAUCGGCAACCUGGCCUUGUCCGACGUGCUCAUGUGCACCGCCUGCGUACCGCUCACGCUGGCCUACGCUUUCGAGCCACGCGGCUGGGUGUUCGGCGGCGGCCUGUGCCACUUGGUCUUCUUCCUGCAGCCUGUCACCGUCUACGUGUCGGUGUUCACUCUCACCACCAUCGCGGUGGACCGCUACGUCGUGCUCGUGCACCCGCUGCGCCGGCGUAUCUCCCUGCGCCUCAGCGCCUACGCCGUGCUGGCCAUCUGGGCACUGUCCGCGGUGCUGGCGCUGCCAGCCGCAGUGCACACGUACCACGUCGAGCUCAAGCCGCACGGUGUGCGCCUCUGCGAGGAAUUCUGGGGGUCCCAGGAGCUCCAGCGGCAGCUCUAUGCUUGGGGGCUACUGCUUGUCACCUACCUGCUCCCCCUGCUGGUCAUCCUCCUGUCUUACGUCCGGGUGUCGGUGAAGCUACGGAACCGCGUGGUGCCGGGCUGCGUGACCCAGAGUCAGGCCGACUGGGACCGCGCGCGGCGCCGCCGCACCUUCUGCCUGCUGGUGGUGGUCGUGGUGGUGUUCGCUGUCUGCUGGCUGCCGCUGCACGUCUUCAACCUGCUGCGAGACCUCGACCCGCACGCCAUCGACCCCUACGCCUUCGGGUUAGUGCAGCUGCUCUGCCACUGGCUCGCCAUGAGCUCGGCGUGCUACAACCCGUUCAUUUACGCCUGGCUGCACGACAACUUCCGUGAGGAGCUGCGCAAGCUCUUGCUUGCCUGGCCCCGCAAGAUCGUGCCGCACGGCCAGACCAUGACAGUCAGCGUGGUCAUCUGA